AUGUUUUUUUGGUUUUUUUUCCUUCCCACUUGUUUUAUGACCCACCCCACCGUCUCUUCAUUCUCCUCGUUUUUCUUUUUAACUUUCUGUUCGGUCUCUCUUUCUCCUUAUGCUUUUUUGCUUUCCAAUCUUUCUUUCCUUUUCAUUUUCAUGUCCUCUCUCUCUCUCUCUCUCUCUCUCUCUCUCUCUCUUAUUUCGGUUUGCUACAACACAACUGGCGGUCUCCCACCGACACUCCAGCCUGUCGAGCCACGUUGUCGCCGCCUUGCGUGUUCGUCGAUCGAGACACCGUUCCUCCUCACCCGAGACGUUAUUUGUACGGAAAAAUUUAUUAGUGAUGAGAGGCGCUGCGUUGAAAAGAUGAUAUCUAUCUAUCUAUCUAUCUAUCUAUCUAUCUAUCUAUCUAUCUAUCUAUCUCAUUUAUUCAUAUCUAUCUAUCUAUCUAUCUAUCUAUCUAUCUAUCUAUCUAUCUAUCUAUCUAUCUAUCUAUCUGUUGUGGGACCUUACCCAUAA